GAAAAAGAACCAAAUCGGUAUAUCGUGUCCCGGUGAAAGUUUACGGCAAAAGAAGUAUAUUAUACCUAUGCCUAGUAGUAGUACCCAGUUUUGUUUACAACAGUUCUGCAGACUUGAUAAGAAGUGUUUCAUUAGCACGUUGUAAAGUUCUCCGCGAUUUUCGACGGCUUCAGGAAUUCUUCGCAGUGCAAUUGGCAUCAUCGUUAUAGUGAAAUUCGCAUUUCCCAAUCGUGAAGCGAUGAUGGACCUUAGGCGAGUGGCCUCACAUGCAGUCUUUGUCAUUCUCAUCAUCUCGGGGGUCCGGGCCCACUCUUCAAAUAACAAAUUCCGAAGCAUCUACUCCUGGAAGGCCCUCGAGUUCGCUUUUACAACUCCCCAGGCGAGAGAGACUGCCAUUGAGCUGGGCGAAUUCAUACCUGGCAAACCGCUGCCCAUCGACGUUGACACUUAUCGCGGCAACAGAACUGGAUCCCGGAUUUUCGUAUCGAUACCACGAUUCCAACAAGGAGUACCGGUAACCUUGGGCUACGUAACCAACGUUGUUUCAAGUCAUGACAAUCCGGUAAUCGCACCUUAUCCAAGCUGGGAUUGGCACCGGUCCGGUGAUUGCGACGGUUUGAUCAGCGUUUGGAGGAUGCAGAUUGACCGUUGCGGGCGAUUGUGGGUGAUGGACACGGGGAAAAUCGAGGAAAAUCAAAUAUGCUCGCCACAGCUGCUAGUCUUCUCGCUCGAGACGAACCAGCUCCUCUCGCGUUACAGAUUCCCAGAGGACCACGUCAAGGAAAGCUCCCUCUUCGUGAACCCGGUCGUCGACGUGCGAGGUCAGUUUUGUCAGAACACCUUUGUCUACGUCGCCGACGUGACUGGGUUCGGCCUGAUAGUGUACGACCACCAGAAAACUCGAAGCUGGAGGAUAAACAACAACCUGUUCUACCCAUACCCGAACUACGGAACGUUCUCCAUCAAGGGCGAAGUCUUCGAUCUGAUGGACGGCGUUCUGGGGAUGGCGCUGAGCCCUCUGAAGUCAAACGAGGACAGAACCCUGUACUUCCACUCGCUGGCGAGUAGAGUAGAGUCCUACGUCGCGACCUCGGUUAUAAGGAACUUUUCUCUCUUCCACGAGAAUCCCGACGGAGCUGCUCGCUCCUUCGUCUCCUUUAAAAACGAACGGAGCACCCAAUCGGCGGCCGAAGCCAUGGACAAGAACGGCGUCAUGUACUUCGGACUGCUUUCCGAGUUGGCGAUCGGCUGCUGGAAUAGCAGGAACUAUGAAUACGGCGAUGAAUUCAUUGAGAGGAUCGCCGUAAAUGCGGACACCCUGCAAUUCCCCUCUGGAGUCAAGGUUAUCACCGAGUCCGACGGACAUCAGCAGCUGUGGGUGAUAACGGUGUCCUUCCAGCGAGUUAUGGUUGGAACCCUGACUCCGAACGAAACGAACUUCCGGAUCCAGGCUGCCGAUAUCAAUGAGCUGGUGCGCGGAACGAAGUGUGACGUCGCUUCUCUGAACAUAAACGCGAUCAGGGAGUCAGCGACCAGUGGUGGUAGUACUGUGACAUUUCCACAAUGAGUGUCAAGGCCCCGCGAAAAGUUCUCCAAAUCACCUAACAUAAUUUCGUACUUUUCGCGGUUCACCAAACACUACCGCUGCAAAGUGUCUUGCGUGCAUGUCAGAAUGAAACCUGAGGGGUAUAGUUUUUACAUUGAUCAUGGAUGACGUCAACGAUGAAAUCGAGAAAGCUACGCAUGGACGGUGCAUUGUUUGAUAUUGCAGUUCCUAAAUCUGCGUGUUAUCGUUGAAGACGUGUUGGACUUUGGCCGUAAAACUGAGUGCAAAUUCUUCAGCCGAUUGUUCUGCUGGAUGAAUUUAACCCGUUCGUACCCGAUGCCGUUCCACACGUUUCCAAGCCACGCACCCAUUUGGACAGUCCGAGGAUUGAAGGGUCAAGCCUGUAAAUACAGGGAGAAUAGUUGAGUGAAAUAGGUUUUUGUAUUAAUAAAUUAUACUAUUUAUGGCGCAUAGAGCUGGUGUAAUUAAGUAAGCAAUGUAAUGUGAGUUAAGUACUCGGAAAAACCAUCCUCGUCUAUCAACCGUUAUCGGUUCACAGUUAACACGGCUGUACAAUUUUUUCGCAGUUCUGAGUAAAAUGUCACAAUACUUUGACCUUCGUUUAAAUAGAAACGCGUGUCGCGAGUUUGGACGAAGAAUAAUAUCGAUUAAUAAAUUGUAUAAAUUUGAUUAAUAUUUAACAAUUCUAGUUAUGAGUAUAACCGUUGCAACAAAGAAAGUUGAUUUGGUCCGUCAAAGAUUUACAAUCAACAGGAUAUGACUAAUAAAUAUAUACACAUUUAUAUUAUUCUAAGUUAAGUGUAAUAAUAAAUGUUGAUCGAUAGAAUACUGAA